AUGGACCGACCAGGAUUAGGGUCUGUGGCGAGGGCAAGAGAGCGUGCGGCCGCAGGCCUCCCAAGAGAAGCCAUUCCGCCAGGAGAACCUCAAAUGGCCCGACCAUCGGCUCCCCGUCAACAACCGGCCGGGUCAAGGACUGGGAUACCGAGAGACGCACGCCCACAUGCGCCCUUCCCGUUGCAAACAAGAGAUGGACAAAUUGGGGUUCCAAUUUCGAAGCCGACACCAGCGCCACAAUGGCCGUUGCCAGAGUCCAUCAUAACGCCCAUUGAGUCCGAUGGUGAGCCAUUUCAAUCUCCAGGGCGCGGGCCGCCGCCCCAGCGACCUCCACGACCAAGCCAGGUUCCUUCUAUCUUGGACGCUUCCAGGGUACAGGACCAUACACCGGUGUUCCCGUAUCGGCCGCGGUCUGUGAGAGAGUCUACCGGAAACGAGUUACUCCCAGUUCCAGAAACACCAUCCACCAUGUCCCGACCUUCUACCCUAUCAUCGGUUGGGUCGAUCCCAGAUUUUCCGCUCCCGGCACAAGCAUCCCUCACGCCAUCACGAAGAAGCGUCAACCUUGGCCCGCCACCUUCUGCCCGACGAGGGGCUUCGUCAUUCUACUCCAACGCCUCGUUCGUCUCUCCGAUCCCCGAAGAGAGCCCACGAUCUCGCUCUCACUUGUCAUUUGCGUCGAGCGCUGCGAUGCCAGAUAACUGGGGCUCUCCGUCACCGGGGCCGAGCCCUGAUUAUCCAGAUCCAAUUUAUGGCGAAGCGAUUUCGGAGGAGCCGGGAUACGGAGACGAGGAUGCUGAGGAGAGCCGGCUGGUGAGGAACGCGAGCAUAGGCAAGAGAGCGAAACCGACCCUAGUAACGCAGGCCGCUAGUCGGGGGAUAGAGCCAGGGGACCGCGAGCAGCGGCCGGCGCCACAGCCUCUUCAAGGCCCGUUCAAAGAUGGGACGGGCUACUUGGAGAAUUCAAGCUCGUCUGGCACGAUCCCAAUAGCCGCAACGGUACCCAUCGGGUUGGCCAUGACCCCCGAUACCUUGCUCAACGCCUAUUCCUCAGCAAGCGCCGAUGAUCCGUCGCUUCCAUCAUCCCAGCGAGACACACCUUCGCCAAACUACAGUCACUUCUCGGCCAUACGGCGGCCCCCGCGCCUAGACAUGGAAGCAGUGCGCAAAGCCGAGGCUAGAGGAAGCCUGACGAGUCUGCCUGACCUCAUUCGCCGCGCAACGAGACUGGCGGCAAGUCUGGAGAAAGGCCGCCGGCCGGCGAGUCGGAUGAAUGAUUUCGACGGCCUUGACGGCCUCCCCGACUAUGACUACGAUGGGGAGAAGCACCAGUCGGGGCUCUCCGACAUGCUUGCGGCGUUCCCCCCUCCCGCGCAUCUAGCACCGGCCAACAGCAACGGCAACCGCCGCAGCUUCCGGGACAGCAUUCGAGAACAGGUCCAAUCGUGGCCUCUCCCCCUUAAUCUUAAUCGCACCCCCAAUACCUCGCAGGAGGCUGUCCCGACAAGCAACGCACGAUCCCUCGGAAAGGAGAAGAAACGCAGGUGUUGCGGCCUCCCCAAGUGGGCGCUCAUCUUGCUGGCGGUUAUCAUUUUGAUCGUGGUGGUGGCCGCGAUAGUGAUUCCUGUGCAGUUAUUGGUGGUCCGCAAGCAAGACAACAACAAACAAGCGGAGACUCUCCAACAGUGCCAGCAACAGCUCAAGUGCGCAAACGGAGGAACCAACACUUUCAACCAAGGUGUUUGUACGUGCGACUGCCCGAGUGGUUUCACGGGGCCGGACUGCACAGCGAACGACAACGUGGGCUGCGCAGCCUCCCCGCUCACCAACUCAGACGGUAACAACGUCGUGGUCGGCGACGCUAUCCCGCGUCUUAUCGACCAAGCCCAGACCAACUUCUCCAUCCCGCUGUCCACCUCCGACGUUCUCGCCAAACUGAGCCCUGAAAACCUCAGCUGCUCGGCCCAGAACGCGCUGGUCACCUUCGACGGCCGCGCUACCCGCGACGAGGAUUCCACCACCGCCAACGCCAACGCCAACGCUCUAGCCGCCCAAAGUAAUGAUGACCACGACGACGACACUCCCUCGCCCGACGCCAUCAACGACGCCGCUAUCGUCGACGGCGUCCUCUACACCACCAUCACCAUCGUCCUAGCGCCCUCGACAACCUUCACCCUCGGCCGGCCACAAGCCACCAACGACAACGACGGCACCUCCUUCUCCACCACUUUCACCAACGGCUUCGCCACCACCCUCUCCGUCUCCCACGGCAACUCACAGAAAUCAACAACAACAACAACUCGCCACCCCACCGCAACGAGCAUGGCCACAACAACCAUGACCGUCAGCGCCACAGGCACCAACAUGGGCGGGAUCGGUAACAACCCCCCCAACCCAUCCGCUACACCAUCCUCUGGCCUGGCCAUCGACGAGCAAGUCCUCGAUUUCGCGCGCGUGGCCGUGCUGUUUAUCCUGCAGGAGGAGAGCCUGAAUGAAGCGGAGACGGCGCAGAUGGCGCUGCAGCGGGUGUUUAGCAGCGGGGUCGGGAUUGGGGAGCAGGUGGCGAGGAAUGUGACGGUGGGUGGGGGGCGGUCGGUGGAUUUGGUGGAGUUUGUGAUUGAUUUGGGAGGGGAGAAGGGGAGGUGGAGGACCCUGGAUAAGGCGGAGGAGAAGAGGGUUGGGGAGGUGAUGAUGGCUUUGGCCGUGUCUGCUUCCCUACGAAAGGGGCAGUAG